UUUGAUAUUGAAACACAGAAACGGAAGCGAAGGAUAAUAAAGAGGAAGGCUAGGAAGAAGAAGAAGUAGUAGAAGGGCGAAGCGUGAGAGAGAGUGUUUUCCGCCCUCUCGCUCACACAUUUCACAGAUCAGAUCGAAAUCUGCCCAAUUGUUAGUUUCGCAAUUUUCCAUCUCUAAGAUCCAAUUUUUUCUUUUGCUGAGUGAGCACUUGAAUUUGUUUUUAGUUGGGGGCGAUUAGGUUUUUCCGAAUCCAAUGGCGUGCAUAAAAGGGGUGAAUCGAUCGGCCUCUGUGGCUCUGGCGCCGGACGAUCCUUACAUGGCGGCCGGAACCAUGGCGGGGGCGGUUGAUCUGUCAUUCAGCUCCUCUGCCAAUCUUGAAAUAUUUAAGCUUGAUUUUCAGUCGGAUGAUCAGGAACUGCCUUUGGUCGCCGAGUUUCCUAGUUCCGAGCGGUUCAAUCGUCUAUCUUGGGGGAACAACAGUUCUUCGUCUGAAGGUUUUGGUCUCGGCCUUAUUGCCGGUGGACUGGUUGAUGGGAACAUUGACAUCUGGAAUCCCCUUACUCUGAUCCGUUCGGAAGCAAAUGAAAUGCUUCUGUUGCACACCUUGAGAGACAUAAAGGACCUUGGUCUGGGAUCUAAAGAAGCAAAAGCCAGUGAUAAG